AUGGCCAACAAUCGAUCAUCACCCUCUUCCGUUGUCAUUUGGUGGGUGGUAGCAAUAGCCAUCUCUUCCGUUCUCUUCUUUGUUCCACUCAUUUACUUGAUUGCCACAAUUCCCCAUCUCAUUGCAAUUUGUAAUUCACUCUUUGCCUUUGUAGUACUCUCACUUGUUGGUUUCUUCUUGAUUUUGGCAGUGUGGGUUGGAAUAAUGAUCAGAGAUAUGAAUAAGAAUGUUGUCAACAAGACUACAAAGAGGAGUGUAUUGGAGGAGGAGGUGGAUGAAGGUCGCUUGAAUGAUUAUCAGAGAACCUUUGGAAAUCAGGCUAGAUUGUUGAAUGGUGGUGGCGAUGAUGAAAUGUCGGGAGAGGAAUAUGAUGAUGAUGAUGAAGAAUCAUUGAUUCAACAACAACAGGGAAAUAACGAAUUAGUAAUGGAGGAAUCGAAUAGAGCUGCCAAUUUGAUUGAAGAAACUCGUAGAAAUCAACAAUACAAACAAACUACAGAGUAUAUUGUACAGUUUUUGAGAGUUGGCUCCUUUUUGAUUUUCAUUGUACUUUUAAUUGGAUUGUUACUGUUUUCUAUUUGGAUUGGAACAACAAAGAGUAGAGCAGAAGGUCUUCUUCGUGGAUCCAUGUCAAUUAAUGAGAUUGUGACAAGAGCCAAUGCUGGAGAUGUUUCCUAUAAGGAAGCUCAACCAUACAUUCAGAAAUUUUUGGAACAAUUAGGUCAGUCUACUGUCAAGGUUGAAAGAGAUUCAAAUGAUGUAAUUCACAUCACUGCCCCAAAUGAGUAUACACUCUAUUUCACUCAAGGUUUUGUUCAUGCUCAAGAGAGAUUGUGGCAAAUUGAUACUUUGAAGAGUACAAUCAAGGGAGAAUUAUCCAGCUUGUUUGGAUAUGGACUCAUCUUCUCUGACCAGUACUAUCUUACCAUGGGAUUAUAUGAAGCUGCUCAGAGAGAUUGGGCUAAUUUGGGUGAUGAUUUAAAACAAAGAUUGGAAGCCUAUGCUUACGGAUUGAAUACCUAUGCCAAAUUAUUGCCAGGUCUUCCUGUUGAAUUUCAACUUUUGAGUUACAAGCCAGGUGUUUUCACUGGUGUUGAUAUUUUGGCUCAUCACAAAUAUAUUAGUUUAACUCUUGCUGGUAAUAUUCACUCUGAAAUUGCUAGAUAUGGUCUCGAAUUGGUUGGUUUAUCAUAUGAUAGAAUCAAGACUAUUCUUCCAAAUUCUUAUCCAAAUGGAUUCCCAAUUAUUUCAUCACCAAAUGCUAAUAUUACUUAUCAACCAAGUUCAACCACAUCAUCCACAACUAGUAGAAGUAGUAGCAGUUCAACUAGAAAGAAAUCACUCUCUGCAUCCAUUUCUGUUUUGGCUGGACAAAUUAUCUCAGGUCUGGAAGAUUUGGUAGAUAUCUUUUCAUCUUCAUCCACUAUAAGACAGAGAUUUGCCCUCUCCAUGUUCGAUCCACAAAAUCACUUCUCCUCUCCAGAACAAAAGAAUGCCUUCCUUCAAGCUAGUAAUAAUUGGGUCAUUGGUGGUGCCUACACAUCAACUGGAAAACCAUUACAUGCCAAUGAUAUUCACCUUCAUUUCCAAGGUCCAAAUAUUUUCCUCUUGAUGCACCUCAAGAUUGAAAGCUCAACAAAACCAAUGCAAGUUAUUGGAGCUUCAAUUGCUGGAUUACCAUGUGUUAUUGUUGGCAGAAAUGGAAAUGGAAUUUCAUGGUCAAUUACCAAUGCUGGAGCAGAUACAAUGGAUACUUAUUUAAUUGAUGAAAAUGCAGAUGGUCUCACCUAUAACUAUGGUGGCGCCAAAAACAGUUAUACUAUCAAGACAGUUACACUUUCAGUUAAGGGAGGCUCCAAGGCCAUGUUUAAUGUUACAACUGCAGGAAGUUUUGGACCUCUGGUUGAUAAAUUGUACAAUAUUCCAAAUCUCCCAAAGCAAAAGCGUCUAGCCCUCAGAUAUUUGGAUGUUUUAUUGAAAACUGAUAAGAGCACUCAAACAUUCUUUGAUUUGCCUUAUACAACCAACUAUGAUCAAUUUAUUGAAGCUUUUAAAAAUCUCAAUGCUCCAGUUUUGAAUAUUCUCUAUGCCGACAAUAAUAAUAAUAUUGGAUAUAUUAUGGCUGGUAAACUUCCAAAAAGAGGUUCGACCACUACUGACAAUUUAGGAUUGAGACCUGUCAAGACCUAUGAUAGCACUGAAAAGUCUUACACAUGGGAAACUGAUGAUAGUGGAAAUUACAAGACCAAUGCUUUUGAUGAUUUACCAGAUAUUGCUCCAGAGGUAGCUACUUCACGCUUUAUAUUCUCUGCCAACAACAAGGCUGAAGCUAAUCCUGUCACUACCAUUACUAAUGACUAUAGCUUGUUGUAUGGAAGAAGUAUGAGAAUUCAAUCCUUGGUUUCCUCCCUCAUUGCCAGAAAGAAUAUCACACUCUCUGAUAUGGCAAAAGUUCAAAGUGAUAGUGUCAGUGUGCUCUACUUGAUGAAUAGAAAUAUUUUUGCUCGUAUGAAACCUUUCACAGAUACUUAUAAGGAAGGUGUCAGAAAUGAUUUGGCCAACAAUUGGGAUGGUGAUAUGAAGCCAGAUUCCAAGUAUGCAACCAUUUUCGAGUACUGGAUGACCUAUCUCACUAAUUUGGCUGCCAAUGAAACCAAACAAGAUAAUGACUUACCAUUCUCCAAAAAGAAGAGUUUCCCUCUUUCAUUGAGAUAUGCCCUCUCUGCUAUUCAAACAGAACUCUCCACUGGAGUUACCGAUCAAAAUUGUAAGUCAUUCUCCAGUGACAAGACAUGUCUCGGAUACGCCAAGGAUCAAUUGGAAGCUGUUCUUGUUGCUUUAAGAUCUAAAUUCUCAUUCGUUCCACUUUACAGUUCCUACAGAAUUCACCAAACUAAAUUUACUCAUCCAAUCUUUGGCGCCUAUGGUUUAACAGGAUGUUUGGGAACAAGAAUAUCGAGAAAGAGUGGUGGUACUGACACUAUCAAUGAAGGUGGUCCAUCUGAUGCCAACUUGUCAAACAAUUUCGGUCCAACCUAUCGUCAAAUUAUUGAUCAUGCCAAUCCAGAAAGCUCAGUAUUUAUAAUGCCAAUGGGUCAAUCAGGAAAUAUCUUUUCUGACACGUACGAUAAUUACUUACAAGCAUGGGAAGAUGGUAAAUACAUUCCAAUGAAAACUAAGGAUUAUAUUGUUAGGGAUGUUUUGAUAAUUGCCAAAUAAAUUGUUGAAUUUAUUAC